UCAGCCGGGAGUUGCCAUGGAAACCCAGAGGCCCUAGUUAUGUCGCUGCAGCGGCCGCCUCCAUCGCGCGUGUUCGUAGAACUGGUUCCUUGGGCUGAUCGGGGCCAGGAAAACAAUUUGAUCACUGGCGGAGAAACGCGGCCCAAUGUCUGCCGCCCCCUUUCCUCAACACAGGCCCAAGCCGCGACCCGCGAAGUGCACGUCAGCGGCACUGCGGAGGUGUCUGCUAGCCCUGACCGGGCACAAGUGGCAGUGCGAGUGAGCAGCACCAAGGAGGCAGCGUCGGAGGCCAAGAAGAGUGUUGGCCGUCGCCUAGACUACAUCACGCAGUGUCUCCAGCAGCAGGGAUUGCAGGCAGAAAAUGUAACUGUGACAAAGGAUUUUAGAAGAGUGGAAAAUGCUUAUCACAUGGAAGCAGAAGUUUGCAUUACAUUUACUGAAUUUGGAAAGAUGCAAAAUAUUUGUAAUUUCCUCGUUGAAAAGCUAGAUAGCUCUGUUGUCAUCAGUCCACCCCAAUUCUAUCAUACUCCAGGCUCUGUUGAGAAUCUUCGACGGCAAGCCUGUCUUGUUGCUGUUGAGAAUGCAUGGCGCAAAGCUCAAGAAGUCUGUAACCUUGUUGGCCAAACCCUAGGAAAACCUUUACUAAUCAAAGAAGAAGAAACAAAAGAAUGGGAUGGCCAACCAGAUAAUCAUCAGUCAUCCUCAAGUUCAUUAACUAUACAACAAAAAAUCAAAAGUGCAACAAUACAUGCUGCUUCAAAAGUACUUAUAACUUUUGAGGUAAAAGGGAAAGAGAAGAAAAAAAAACAUCUCUAAAGUUCCAAACAAAAUAUGUUGUAUUUGUAUUUUUUUUAUCUAUUUUUGUACUUUUUAUAAAGUUUCCUUUUGUCCUGAGUACAUAUGUUGGAUAAUAGAUAAACUGUUUCUUUAUAAGAUUUUUAAGUCCUUGAAUAUAGUUCCACAGAAUGUUUACCUUUUGUUUUCAAGAACUAACUGAGAAAUGUUCUUGGGAAAUAAAUGUAAUAUAUGCACACUUCUGUAUACCAACAAUUCAUACAAGUGCAUGUAUGAUAUUUACAAUAUAGGAAAAAACUGACACUUUUAUUUCAUCCAUGUUCUUAUAUGACACCACAUUUUAUAUAAAAACUAGGCUUCCACAACUUAAAAUUUUUACAUAUAAAAGGAAAUCUUACCAUCCCAUCAGACCUAAUAAUUUUCUAAAUUCAUGAGUUUGGUUAUUUACAAACUAGUAAUUUAGCCUGUUACAGUUUCUUAGAUGCUGACAGAAUACAUGAGACUCCAGGAACAGAAACAAAGGAGCAUGAACAUCAGCAUAUUGUCAUUGGCUCCAGUUGUCCCACGUUACAUAGGGAAGCACAAUAUGGCCAUAAACAUAACUACACAUUCAGCAGGUUUCUUAUAGCUGAGGACUA